AGUGUCAAAUGUGUGUGUUUUUAUCUCCCUCAAUUUUCUUGUUUUCUUGAUCUCGUUUGAGAGUAAAAUGGUACAAUCUAUGUGAAUAAACUCUACGACAGAAAUAAUCAUAAAUAGAAAUGUUUAAAGCGUUUAGUUGGCUAUUUUUAUUUUACAAAUUAUAACAGUUGUUCAUAGAAUAAAAUAUCAUAAUUUGAUGUUUGAAUUUUACUGUAAUAUAUAAUAAUAAGUGAAAGAUGCAGUACACAUAAUUUGUUUAUAAUACGAUUAAAACAUAAAUCAGAAAGUAAAAUGGAAGAAGAGUUAAGAUGCUACGUAUGUAAGGAAUUCUAUAGGGAACCAGUAUUGUUACCUUGUGGCCAUGCAUUGUGUCGAAUAUGUGCAGCCAAUCUUCAAACUCAUGUCCAUGAAACUGACAAUGCCUCUGCCGUAUCAUCAGAUUACCAGGAAGCUGAUAAAGCUUCCGUAUCAAGUGAAACAGAUAGUGGUGUCGUAUGUGGAUCAAGGCCUAAUAGUUACGCUGGGACCCCUGCUGCUCCUAUCUAUCCAACUGCAUCUUUUAGCCUCGUCUGCCCCGUAUGUAACAAACAGAUAUAUUUAGAUGACAAUGGAGCUGACGGGUUGCCGCCUUUUCGUGUUAUGCGCACAAUUGUCGAAAGGUUUGGAGGCGUUAAUAUUGCGCCCCCAGCUGAAGAAGCCUGUCAAAUGUGCGAAGGAGAGAAGCGUGCUGCAGUAGUAAGAUGUGAACAGUGUUCUGUGAGAUACUGUGCUAGCUGUAGAGAUGCGUGGCAUCCAACACGUGGCCCACUGGCACAACAUGAACUAAGAGCCCUUGGGACAACAUGUGUGGAUCAUGGUUCCACUCCUGUUUUAUAUUGCAAUACUUGCCUCAUCCCAAUUUGCCAGAGAUGUCUUGCAGAACGUCAUUCCAACCAUGAAACUCAACCUCUUUCUAAUGCAGCACGAGCCCAUAAGACUGAUUUAUCACAAUCACUACAACAACUCUCGGAAGAAGCUAAAGCGGUGACUGAGUAUAUCCAAUUAGUCAAAGGGUCUGGAGAAAAAGUAAAUGAUUCUUGUGAAGAAUUAGAGAGACAAAUAGAUCAAGCGUGUUCUGAAAUCACUCGUGCAGUUGAGAGACGACGUGAUGAACUUGUAAGAGCAGCAAGACAUACUCGAACACAGGCUGCAAACAACAUGCGAUCUCUUACAGCUCAUGCUGCACAGAAGUUACGUGAAGCAACUGCAUUAUUACACUUUUCUAUUGAAGCCUUAAAAGAAACUGAUCAUGCUGCCUUUUUACAGGUUGGUAACAUUUUAUCUGCUCGCGCACAAGAAACAGCUACCGGGCUACGAGAUUCGUUAGAAUCCCCUCCAUCUCCGCCAGCUCUAACACUCGACAUUGAGCCUGUCCUACGCACUGUAAAAACAAUGAACUUUAUAGAGUGUAUACCCCCGGAAAAAGAAAUGAAAUCAUCAGCUCCCGGUGCACCAGAGAUGGCAGUAGAAGCGUGCGCCGCCCGCGGUUGUUCGUGCACACUGGCUUGGCGACCGCCGGUGGCGCCACACUCCGUGCGCGGAUACAUCUUGGAACUAGAUGACGGGCUGGGAGGACCUUUUCGGGAAGUUUAUUGUGGCCGUGAGACUGUUUGCACGGUGGAUGGUUUGCACUACGCGUCUUUAUAUAGCGCGAGAGUGAAAGCCUUCAAUGGAGCUGGAGAAGGACCGUACAGUGAAGUUAUCGGCCUACAAACAUCGCCAGUCGCGUGGUUCUCGUGGGACGCGCGGUGCGCGCACGCGGAGGGCGGGCUGGCGCUGGGCGCGGACGGGCUGAGCGCGCGCGCGGCGGGCUGGCAACCUCGCGUGGUGGUCGCGGACCAGCCGCUCGCGCGCGGCGUGCACUACUGGCGCCUGCGCCUCGACCACUACGACGGCGACGCCGACCCCGCCUUUGGGAUCGCGCGCGCCGACGUCGCCAAGGACAAGAUGCUCGGCAGCGACGCGCUAGGCUGGGCGAUGUACAUCGACGGCGUGCGCUCGUGGUUCGUGCACGGCGGCGCGCACGGCGGCCGCGCGGCGGGCGGCGUGGCGAGCGGCGCCACCGUCGGCGUGCUGCUCGACCUCACGCGCGGCACGCUGCGCUUCACCGUCGACGACCGCCCGCAGGGCGACAUUGCAUUCACAGGCCUACGCGGCGCCUUCUACCCCGCAGUAUCAUUAAACAGAGGUGUUGCCAUCACAUUACAGCCGGGAUUGCCACCACCACCCGAUUUACUCAUGUCUAAUUUAUCCAUUGAAUGAAAUCAUGAGACAUACACGAGCCCGCAUGACAUUAUCAACGUUAUGACAAACGAUUAAGUUAAUACAGGGUGAAUUUUAAUAAAUAACCAAUACAUAAAAAUUGAGAUCCGACAGUCAAUAAGAACAUUUUUGGCUUCUUAUUGUAAUGACUAAUUGCCAUUGACUUUCAUUCUCGUAUUAAUGGGCAUUAUAUAUUUUCAAAUCAACAAUAUAUUGCUUUUACUGAAGAUUAUUCACUGGAUGUAUGGAGAUCUCAGAAAUGCGUACGACAAAUGCAUUGUACUUAUCAAGUUAAAGUGCCCAAAUUAUGUUUUAAUUUCUGAUAGUGUUCAUCAUAUAAUUAGUAUGUAUUAUGAAUUUUUAAACACUUGUAUAUCGAAUAUAAAUAUAUAUCAACCUAGAUUAAGAGCUACAUAAACCUGUACUUACAUAUUUAGCGAUUAUAACUAUUAAGUUUUUAUAUUCCAUAGAUAGUGGUUCCGAAACUUGCGUCUAUAGUUUAAUAUAAUAUAUUUAGCUAGGUUUUAUAAUCAUAUCUUAGAAUUUAAAAGUAUACGUUCGUGACUUAUGAAUAACUCGAUAGUAACGUUUAAUUACAUACUAGGCUGCUAUGAUUACUGUCUAAUCGUAAUUUCUGUUAUGAAACUUAGAUAGAAAUUUAAAAAGUAUGGUAUCUUAGCACUAUCACAACUGCUACAAAAUGUUUAUUUAGUUCAUGAGUAUUUAAUGUAUUUAUAACUGAUAUAGGGACCUGACAAAUGAAACAGAAUAUUCCAAACCCACCGGUUCAACAUUUAUAUAUAUUAAUUUUUACUAUUCUUCGUCCAGUUUGAUACAUCAGGUAUAGUGGCCCUUUAAUUUAUUUAUUUUCGACAAUCAGUAGCAUGAAAACGACAAGCAGCUGGCAU